ACUGUUGGGAAUCCGAAUUUUCGCAGAAGCAACGAGCACGAGGAGCCCCAACCGAAAAUUUGGUACUAUCAAGAUCGGUAUCGAGAAGAAUCGGAAAAGGAAGUCGAGUUGGGAAUGGAUAAUAAUGUUUCAUACAGUCGAGUCUACAUAACACCGGAUCUUUCUCUCAUCGUGAAAAACCUCACAGUCACCGACGCCGGCGUUUAUCGUUGUCACGGCGAAGAGGGGCAAGAGAAAGAAAAUAAAUAUAAUUAUAGGAUCGAACGUAAAAUAAAUUAUAACAAAGGAAUUUCUCGUCAGGUCUCGAAAAUGAGAGAUUUAGCAGAUAUCCGUGAGGAAGGAGUAACCCUUCAGGCAGUGUCCGAAUGGGGUCCCUGGAGCUCGUGCAAGCAAUGCAUAUAUAAUCGCGGUAUCAAAACCAGUAGGGGUUAUUGUAGAUUAAAGCGCAACAUAAAUUCGGCGAGUGGCUGUAUUUGUGUUUUUAUUCUUUCCCAUUAUAAACUUGAAAACACGGUGAUAGAGAAAAAUGACUCGAUCAUUAUACACUUCUUCCGAGGAUCUCCAAUUCUUCCUUGCAAAUCUGUCCUGCUUCAAAAUGAAUUUCCUAGCAUCAGCCGUGUCGUACGAUAUUUGCCGGAAUUUAUUUUAACAGAACCUUGCAAGAAGUGUCCACGCGUAAAGAAAAGGAGGAAGGGCGAAAAGUUUCGCUACGCCAAACGAUAUGUUCUCGCCGAAGGCGCGCAUCUUGCCGUAUCAUGUCCGGAGUAUAUCACAUCUUAUACAUUUAAAUACAAAAAUUGGAAACGGACAACGUAUCUUCAAUAUAGAUCGAGCACAGCGUCGCAAGUAAUUUGGAAAAAGGAUACGCUCACUCUGAAGAAGGGAAUGGGUCAAUCGUUCCGUAAAAAAGAUAAAGAAGCUCGAGUGAUGGUAGACACUUUCUCAACGCUCUAUUUAACAGACGUGUCCAAAGAGGAACAAGGUAACUAUACAUGUUACGUGGAUAACAUUAAUAUGAUGCGCUUGAAGAUUAUCGUCGUAUCUAAGACUCGGCUUUUGACGCAAGGCAUUCUUCGAAGAUGCGUAAGCUGCAGAUCGAGGGGAGACCUGGGCUCGUGCAAGGAUCCUUUCACCAUGAAUUCUACGCAAAUCGAGCUCGAAAAAGGCAUCGACGCGGUGCCGUGUGUUUCCGGAUGGUGCGGAAAAAUCAUCGAGAGUCAGAACUUAAAUAACGAAUAUGGUACCGCCACGCAGAGAUUAUGCUUCCAGCGAGGUCCUGACGACAACGAGGAGAGAUGUGCUUACACCGUGUGGAAUUACAAAAAAGUGUAUAUGUGUCUCUGUUACGGAGAUCUUUGUAAUGGAACAAUGAGAACGACCGUCGCCAGUGGUCUUUUAAUAAUGAUAGCUGUAUGCUUAACACGGUGGCUUAUUUAAGGACAAACGUGAUACUCCGUCGUACGGAUGAACUAAAUAAGUGAUUAAACUUCCUGUGAGUCUUUUGUAUAAAACGCGAGAUUUUCCGUAAGAAUCAGCACUCUGACGGAUGCAUGUGUUGCGGAUGUAUAAAAUAAUGUAUUCUUUAUAAUACAUAAAACAAUAACAAGUAAGGUGUGUUUUAGUAUUACACAUAUUUUUAGAUAUAUAUUUUUUUCAUUUUAAUUUAUUAAUUAAUUUUGUUAAUUUGAAAUGAAUUUGACAAAAAUAUACGAAAAUCUGCCACUCAGCAGUGAUUGGACAUUAUA